AUGGUUCUUGCUGAACAUUCGCAAACAGGUCUAUGCACGUCUGGUCUGCGCAAACGCCACGCGCCUUCGGCUUGGCGUGAAACGGAACACGACGAAGACGGCUAUUCGCACAAGAAGCAGAAGCUCAACCACCCGGCAUUUCCGCCACCGAGAUUCUGGGACCGAUUGUCAGUUAUCCCGCUCACGCGGAGGGCGCUGCAAGAGUCACAACGGAGAAUCUCACGAUCCGCCUGCGGCCAAGAAGAGACACGAAACUGUUACGGCCGUGCACCGCGACAUCACAUCCAUAUAAUCAACGCGGAUUGUUUCGUCGAGCAGUUGUCUCCAGCUUGCCUGAGGCGGCUCAAACGAUCUGCAAGGCAAGGCGGCCCGGACCUGUGGGAUACACGAGGGUAUCGGAUACCUGCCGAGGCCCAUGUCGAGAUGAGCUCAAGCCAGUUCAGUUCGCGACGUCGAAAGAGAGGAUCACAGUCUCCGACAAGGAGGAGCUCGAAUUCACCGUCAAAAAGCAGCGCUACUCCGAAUACGACAAGCACGAAGAGCACUGGUCCGUACGACCGUGCUUUCCAACAACACCUGAUCGAUCACGACGUUUUACCCCACGGGUACGAAUAUCCGGAUGGCCGCUUGCCGCCAGAGCCCGAAAACAUAGCUGAGAUCCGCCAGAUUCUGGCCGAGCCUAGGAGGUCACUCUCUCCGUCCCAGUUUACAGGCGACGAUUUCCGCAAGUUUGAGCGUGCAGAUACCCAUGCAGCCAAAGAAAGAGACGUCAUAGCAACUGUAAUUCCAGUCCUAGAGGGCAAUACAGGAGAUAGGAAGUGUGUUGCCGGCCAGGUCCCAUUCACCAACUUUGACCAUUUGACGGAUGGUUCGCUAGUACCCGGUAACCCCGACCUAUAUUACGGCGCGGGUCCCGAGCAGCUCGAGCGAACCAUUCGCCGAGAACUAAGCAACUUAAUCAUACCUUCUACGCAGCACGAUCUUCCGAUCGUGCCUAAUUUUUGCCUAGAGGUAAAGGGCCCGGACGGAACAUUAUCAGUCGCAUCUCGACAAGCUUCCUACCAUGGGGCUCUCAGCGCAAGAUCGAUAGACAGGCUCCGGUCAUAUGGCCAUGUAGAGCCAAGGUUCGAUAACAGGGCUUAUGCUAUCACAUCAAUUUACUAUGGGGGGACGUUGAAAAUGUACACAGCUCAUCCAAUCCCACCCUCUGCUCCAGACGGACGCCCCGGUUUUGUCAUGACACAGAUCAAAACGUGGGGCCUGACUGGGGAUGCCGAUAUCUUCCGGCAAGGGGCUGCCGCGUAUCGGAAUCUCCGGGACUGGGCAAAGGAACAGCGAGAUAAUGCCAUUAAAGAGGCCAACGAAAGAUUGUUCCGAUAUACUCGCGCCUCACCGUUGCAGGAUACGGAAGGCUUGGCAUCGAGCUUCACAAGCGAGACGUCAGCCGCCGACACUGUAGUCACCAGCCAAACAACGGUGCUUCAUCCAGAUUCGAACGUGCAAACCACAUACGAGUCCGACAGUUCGGAUGACCCACUGUCGCUGGAUUUUCAGCCUCUUGAGCCUCCUGCCAAGCGCACGAAAUCGCAGUCCCCGCAAAAAAAGGCAUAA